CUCGAGCCAGCGUCCGAAAUCAAAGUUGAGCCACGGUUUAUAUACCCCAGAUAUACCUCGCUCAAACUCAUUCCCACAAUCACAAAAAUCCUCCCUCACCACACCACACACUGCCGCCAUGAGCCCUUCAGCAGUUAUCUCAGACGGACAUACUGCCUCCGGCACGACGGGACUUAAUAACGGCCGUUCUGACUUCAAGCACGCGCCACUAACAUGGACAAACUUCUCCAACAUUAUCGACGGAAAGCUAGAAACAACAAAAGAGACCCGCUGCGGCAUCAACCCUGCAACAGAGCAAAGCAAUCCCUCCGUCCCAAUAGCAUCAAAAGACGAUGUCGACAAGGCCAUGUCCGCUGCCCAGAAAGCUUUCAAACCAUGGGCAGCAGAACCAUACGCUGCGCGCCAGAAAGCAGUCCUAGCAUUCGCUGACGGCUUAGAAGCUGAAAAGGAAGCAUUUUCUAAAUUCCUGACCCAAGAACAGGGGAAACCGAUACAAUUCGCACGCAUGGAGAUCGACAUUGCAGUGGCAUGGAUACGAGCAACUGCCUCAUUUGAACUUCCAGUUGAGAAGACUGAUGCUGGUGAUAAAGAGAUCGUUGUCCGGUACACACCACUCGGAGUCGCAGUAGGUAUAGUACCAUGGAAUUUCCCCAUCCUGCUAGCAGUAGGCAAGAUCGCCGCCGCCGUCGUCACAGGAAAUCCGAUCAUCAUCAAGCCGUCGCCUUUCACUCCCGCAGGGGGACUGAAGUUGGUUGAAUUGGGACAGAGGUACUUUCCUCCUGGUGUGCUCCAGGCACUGUCAGGGGAUGAUAAUUUGGGGAUCUGGCUCACGGCUCAUCCUAUACCUGCAAAGAUUAGCUUCACUGGUUCGACGGCCACUGGGAAGAAGGUUAUGGAGUCUGCGAGUAAGACAUUGAAGCGUGUUACUCUUGAACUUGGUGGUAAAGAUCCUGCGAUAAUUUGCGAUGAUAUUGACAUUGACGACGUUGCUUCCAAGAUUGCUACUUUCGCUUUCCUAAAUUCGGGGCAGAUUUGCUUUGCAAUUAAGCGCAUCCUCGUUCAUGAAAAGAUCAUCGAUGAAUUCCGCAAUGCUCUUGUCAAGCACACCAAACUUCUCAAAGUAGGAGAGGGCAACGAAGAAGGCGUUUUCCUAGGUCCCAUUCAGAACUCAAUGCAAUUUGAAAAAGUGAAAGGAUUUUUCGCAGACAUCGAGAAAGAAGGCAUGACGGUUGCAGUCGGUGGGAAGAACCCCGGUGGAAAAGGUUACUUCAUCACGCCAACCAUCAUUGAUAGACCCGCCGAGGACUCGCGUCUUGUUCUUGAAGAACCGUUCGGUCCCAUUGUUCCCCUUCUCAGCUUUGCGAACGACGAAGAAGCCAUUGACAAGGCUAACAAUACGUUCUAUGGGCUCGGGGCUUCAGUUUGGUCAAAGGAUAUCAAGAGGACAAAUAACAUUGCACAGCAAAUCGAGGCUGGAACUGUCUGGGUUAACUGCCAUUUUGAAAUGUACCCAAAUAUCCCAUUUGGUGGUCAUAAGCAAUCGGGCAUUGGCGUUGAACAGGGACUGGCGGGGCUCAAGUCGUACUGCAACUCCCAGACUUUGUAUCUUCGUAAGAGCAAUCUCUAGGCAAGGAUUUAUAAGGGAGUACGGGUAUUUGAUGUAAAACAUGAUGGGAGGACUUUGAUGACAUAUCUUCAAAGUUAUCACUCUCCUACGGUCUUGAAAUCGUUGCCCUACUUACUAUUCGU